AUGCGUACGCAUCCUACGUUCUACGUUGGACGUCUCCGCCCGUACUAUCAGUACGAGCCUGUUUCGAGAUGCGAAGAACACCUCCGCGGUCGAGAGCCGAGACCACCUUCGAGUGGUCCCGCUUCAAUGAACCGGUCUGGUCGACCAGCAAAACGACCUGUUCAAGCAGUCGAGCGAUGCCUCGACGAGCAGCAGCCAGCUCGUCACGAAGAGAACGAGUCGAACGUUCGUUCACAUAUUAUGCGAACGAAAAAGCGGCACGAUCGUCCGAACGAUCGUGCGUUAAGGAAUUGUAAAGAUCCUUUACAAGGUCAUGGAGCUCGUAACGCCGAGUCCGUACAUGAGCCAGGUCAUCGUGUAACUGUUCCGUUACACGGUUCAGCUCCUGAACAUCGAGUUGAUCCGACCCUCAAGCCGGAUCAGGUGUCCCCGCCACCACCUCAUCCUUUGGUGGAUUCUGGAGGUGGUCAACGCUUUCUAUUGGAGCGUACUUGUAACCAUCGCGACGUGAAGAGCGUCCGGACGAGUUACCUCGUCCGCUGGCGUAGCUAUCCACCGGCCUAG